AUGUCUUCAACAAGUGUCGAGCACGUGGGCGACUCGCUCGAAGAGCAGCCGCUUCUGCGACGGGGCAAGAGAAGACUUCCGUCCUUGAACAUCCAGCAUUGGCAUUCCCAUCCCUUCAGAGGAGAUCCAUGGAGCGUGAGAAGUACGAAGCAGAAGACUGCGCAGUUUCUUUCAUCGAAGGCUGGGCAUUAUUCUGUUCUGACGCUGGUGUCGCUUGAUGUUCUUAGCAUGAUCGCUGAUUUCAUUCUCAAUCUGUUCAAAUGUGAGCAAGGCAAGAAGGGCUCAGAUUGGGACCUGGCGUUGGAGAUACUUGGUUCUGUCAGUCUGGUCUUCUCAUGCCUCUUCGUCGUCGAACUCAUCGCCUCUGUCUGGGCAUUCGGCUGGAAGUCAGUCCAGUUCCCUCCCAACCAUAUUGUAAAGACUGACAGUCCUAGAUACUUCAACUCUUGGUUCCACUGCUUCGACGCCUUUAUCGUCAUCGCAGGCUUCGUCACAGAUGUCGCACUUCGCGGUAUUAUCGAGGAGGUCGCUUCUCUGAUUGUCGUCAUGCGGCUUUGGCGAGUCGUCAAGAUUAUUGAAGAGCUUGGCGUUGGAGCUCAAGAACAGACGGAAGAGUUGAAUGAGAAGCUGGAGAAGUUUGAGAGCGAGAAUGAAGAUCUGAGAAGUGAGAUCUCACGGUUGAAAGGAGCCAUGAGGAAGGCGGGUCUGGAUCAGCAGGAUAUUGGAGGUAUUGUGAGCUGA